CAAUCGGCUUUGUCGUUUUCUUUUUAAAAAUUAUUCAUUUUAGGCCCUGUUACACUAGGGAAGCCUCUUAAGUAAUCGACCGAAUAUCCACCAUGAUGUAAAACAACAAUAAUAACGAAAAUGUUUUUCUCAUAUCCACUAUAUUUGACACAUUGGGUCGCAUUACACAAUUCGAUAUGUUAAAAAAAUGCUGAAUAAUAAUUAUUUAAUAUCAACGUAAUUUUUACCUGUAAUUUUUUCUAUAAAAACAUUACAGGUGUUCUAGCUCAGUGAAACGAACUCUGUGGGAGCUUGUUUUGUAAUUUUAUAAGCUCUCCGGAAGCUCAAAAAUAUAAACUUCCUAAGAGCUUGUUUUGUCGAAUUUUGUAAGCUCUCGGGAGUUCAGCAAAAUGAACUCCCUGGGAACUUAAUCGGAGCUUUGCGCUGUGUGAGUAUAUAUUGUUGCGUGCCCCAAUGCGAGAUGUGAGUAGCGAAAUAAUGGACGGAGCUCUCCGUUCAACUCACACGGAAGACGGUCUUUAUAAGCUUCUCCUCUAUGAUGCGCAGACAGUGUCCAGUGAGUCGUUCCUUCGAUGAGUCGUCCCUUACAAUUAAUUCAGACUUAGCUUUCUGCAGAAGAGAAGAAUUGAGAAUUCUCUUCGGCGCCCCGCAUCUAUAAUUGCUAAGUUUCAGUAUUUGCUUGCUGGAGAAGGGUACAGGGUAGCAGUACAACAGUAAGAACUUAACAGUCUUUCAUUUGGCAGCAAUAAAGGGCUAACGUAAAAGAAAAUCGAGCAGAAAUUGCCGAAAAUGGGAAAGGAGCUAUCGGAAAAGUUACCAUUUAAAAGCGAAAACUGGAAAAGAGACGCGCAAGCAGUCCUCGAGGACAGUUUAAAAAACAGAAACGAGACAAGUUUUCUGACGUAUGUGGAGGAUAUUCAGGGAGAGAUUCCUCCUUGUUUGGUUGAGAAUCUGCUAACGAUAUCCGCACAACAUAAUUGGCAAAAAGCCGUAAAAGCAAUUCUAAACAGAUUUGAAAAAAAGCAUGGACAAGGAACCAAUUCGUACUUAAGCGUCAAAGAAGCCGCACGUACGGCUGUUCAGAAUGGUCGUUAUGUUAUUUUUGAGGAAUUGCUGAAAGUGGAACCCGAGAUAUCCCACCAUCUAAUUCUAAGCGUCUGCCUGAAGUUGGGAGAGCCAAGAAAACGAGGAGUCAACGAUACGUUACUACGUUCGAAUCUGAAAACGUGUCUGGAGAUGAUCUUGAAACAAAUUAACGUGGAUGUCUGUUGCAUUGACAUUGCAGACAUUUCGUCAGUCUUAUCGGCCUACUUCGACGACUGCUUGAAGAAGAUAAGGAACCAAACGAAAGAAGACGUAAUUGAGUACGACUAUAGUUGCUUGAUGUCACACAACAUUUUCUCAAUACAGAAUACAACUCAUCGAGGGACUUGCGAAACGGAAGUGUUCCUAGACAUCGCGCGUAACAAAAAUCUUAAUCAUCUGCUAAAACAUCCGUUGCUCUCGUCCUUUCUCUAUCAGAAAUGGUGCAAGAUACGACAUAUAUUGUACACGAAUAUUGGCUUCUAUGGGAUCUUCUACUUUUUGCUGAAUACCUAUAUCCUGAACAUGAUUUACGAAAGUUCUCCAAAUGAAAACGGAACGCAAACGGUCAAUGACAGUUUCGACGUGAUUUUGAACAGUACUCUUUUAAUCCGCUUCUAUCCAGAGAGUCUCCUGUGGAUUUUCGUUAUCGUAUUGUGGUUGCUUUUCACCAUUUGGGAGAUCCUUCUAUUUGCCUGCUGUCCUCGCCGUUACUUGAUGAAUUGGGAAAACCGGCUACAGGUUGUGCUGAUUAUAUUUACCCUCAUUUUAUUAUGUGGCGCGGGAGCAUGGAGUCGCGUCGUGGUAGUCUUAUUGUCUGCCUUAGUGCUGACAACUCUGAUCAGCCAACAUCCGAAAAUAUCUACCAACUUUGAAAUAUUUUGAAUAAUUUCUCGUAAUUACGUGUACUUACUUUUACCGUAUUUGGUUCUCAUCAUCGCGUUUGUCCUGACUUUCUACAUAGUCUUUGAGAACAAGAGACAUUUUUCUAAUCCCGGGGACUUGCUCUUCAAAACGCUCAUCAUGGUAUUCACAGGCGAAUUCAACUCCAACGAUAUCCCGGUCGACUCACAUCCCGUUUUGAGCCGCAUUGUAUUAGUGCUGUUUGCUUUCUUCAUUUUUGUAUUGGUCAAUGUAAUUAACGGUCCAGCAGUCAGUAACACUGAAGAAAUUCGAUCUGAAGCUAAACUGAACGGACUCGUCUCUCGAAUACGCCUGAUCGUUUAUCUUGAAAACAUAGCAUUCGGCAAACCAUUUAGUUGGCUCAAUUGGUUCAGCCGCGGAAAUUCGUGUUUGUUACGAUGGAAUCCCUUCAGCUUCCUUACUAAAAGAAUUUUUUGGUUUCCGCAUUAUUUGGAAAACGAUAAAAUCACUUUCUUUCACGACUACAGAAUCCCCGUUGAGCAAUCGGGAAAUAUAAUUAAAAAAGGUGAACGUAUUAGUUCUAAUAAAAAUCAACCGUCACAUAUCAAGAAGAUAAAAACCACUUUGAAUAAGCAACAAGAAAAAUUAACCGAGAUAAACGACAAUUUCAAAAAUCUCGUAAGAAAGAUUGGGUUACGCAAACUGCGCGCCAAGUGUCGGUUUUGAAACACAGUUUCUGCGUCUAAAGCCGAAAUAGUA